UUCAGAAAGUUCCCUGUUAAUGCCCCUGAAUCGCUCAAUGCAUUUUGAAAGGUAGGCUACCUUCAUCUGUCAUCACGAGGUUAAUUUCUGCGCCACCUUACACGGAACUCGUUUGAAAGUGGGCGUGAUCGGUCGUGCUGAGGUCAGACACCAGGGGAAAAACUUCGUAGCACACACAACUGCAUCAGUCUCUAUAAUGUCUGGAAUGAAUUGAACCACAUUCGAAAAUUUUCGCACAAGUAGGGCUGGAUAACCUCGUUCAAAGGGUACCUGCCAGCUAGACCUGUGUCACAGUACAGUGUGUCUUCAUUUGCUCUUUCCCACUCACUCUCAUCACUGAGCAUCAAUGGAGAGCCAAGACAAAUACUUCAUCGUUACCCGUGCCAAGACGCGGAAAGGCUUCUCCCGCGGUUGCAUUGGUCGAAUCGAGGCUGAGACGCAGACGGGGGAGAUUUUCGGUCUGGUAUACGGCAGCGGCGCAGCCAAAAGCGGUGGUCUUCUGAAGCGGGAGGAGACGUACCCACUCACGCGCCACCAGGCUCAACUUCUUCUGUUCGUGUCUCCGGCCAGCCGACGGUUAGAGAUCCUCUGCAAUCCAACGCUCUUCAGGGCCAUCUGUGAGCUGGCACAGGAGGACCUGGUCGUUGUGCGCUACAAGAAAGGCUGCCAACCAUGUUUGGUGAGAAACCUGAUGCAGAUUGGACGUAAGGAUGGAUCAGAUGAUCUCAGCAUGCUGGGAUUUGAGCUACAACCUAUGAAUCCAGAUAAGAAGCUGUCAUCCAAGAAGCCAGCUCCACUGCCAGUGUUCAGCGCUGCAGACAUCAUACAGGUGUCUUCGGGCUAUCAGUCAAGCGCUAGGUUGCCACUGAGAGACAACCAUACUAUUGACACCACCAGGAAGACCAUCUCUCGCAUCAACUCCAUGCCAAGCACAAGAUCCAAUAAUAGACCUCUUGGGAAGAGAAUAUCUGAACAGAGCCAGACCCCCAGCAUCAAUGCCCUGCCUAAUCCCCAGCUGGAGGUGGGGUCCAUGGUGGAGGUGGCAUCGGACAGAAAUGUCAUUCUGUAUGGAGUGAUCAGAUGGAUUGGUGUACUACCUGGAAAGAAAGGCGAUUGGGCAGGGAUUGAACUAGACAAUGAGGUUGGCACCUGCACAGAUGGGACAUUCCUUGGUCAGCGGUACUUCACCUGUAAAGGGAACAGGGCAGUGUUUGUGCCCCUGGAAAUGUGUAUGCCAGAUGGGCGCUUCCUCUCCCCCUCCCCGACCACAGAGACAGUGAAGCCACCUCUGCCUCCCACAGUCACUCCCGGAGAGGAGGGCGAAGAGGAGGAGGACGCACCCCCUCUAACUGAAUCUCAAGUCCUCACUGUGCUAGAGGGCAAAAUGAAGGGAAUCCAAGGUCAUUUCAACUCCUGCUAUCUGGACGCCACACUCUUCUGUCUCUUCAGCUCAUCUAUGACCCUGGACAGGCUUUGCCGAAGCUCAGCCGAAGGAGAGGGGAGCAUCUGCCGGCAGAUGAGGAGAGACAUUGUGAACCGGCUACGUAGGCAUGGCUUUGUCCCAGCGGAGAAUGUGAUGAACUUCCGCAAGAAGCUAGGAUGCAACACAUUUGUGACUGAGGAGAAAGACCCAGAGGAGUUCAUCUCUAUCCUCCUUCAACGUGUCCUGCAAAUGGAACCACUGCUGAAAAUCAGGUCGAAUGGAGAUUCAGGAACGUCACAAAAUGCCUACACGUACCAGAUCAUCCUGGAGAAAAAUGAAGUGGGGCCCUGUCCUUCCGUCCAGCAGCUGCUGGAGACCUCCUUCGUUUCCUGUGACCUCAAGUUUGAGGAGGUCCCAUCAUGCCUUAUGGUUCAGAUGCCGAGGUUUGGAAAAAACUUCAAGAUGUUCCCCUGUAUCAUCCCCUCCACAGAGCUUGACAUCACAGACCUCUUAUACCAAUCCUCCAGGGAGUGCUUUAUCUGUGGGCGGCUGGCACAGCAUGAGUGUGGCCAGUGCUUCAGAGACCGUAAACUCCAGCCUGGGAGGAUCAAACAAUACUGCUCCACCUGCAACACCCAGGUUCACUCUCACCCUUCGCGACAAGGUCAUACCCCUCGCAACAUGACGCUCCCCGCUGAGUUCAGCACAGAUGGCCCCGCGCCCAGAACUCAGAUGCAGUUGUUUGCUGUCCUCUGCAUCCACACCAGCCACUACGUGUCCUUUGUCAAGUAUGGCCCCGGGCCUCGAUCCUGGAUGUUCUUUGACAGCAUGGCUGAUCGCUGUGGAGAUGACCACACCGGCUACAACAUACCAGAGGUACGCGCAUGUCCUGAGGUGGGUGACUUCCUCUCCCAGUCGGAGGAGGAGCUUGCUCACAUUGACCUCUCACAAGUCAGCGGGCUGGUGCGCAGACUGCUGUGCGAUUCCUUCAUUUGCCUAUACCAGAGCUCCAGAUAAACUCAAGCAGUAGGCUCUGGCCUGACAAGAGCUCGAGCCCACUAUCACAUAAACAGAGCUGUUGUCAUAACCUUGACCAGGUGGCGUCUUGGCAAAAGCACAGAAAACGUCUGAGGACACUGCGAGGAACAGGAGCUACUUGCUCUGCCUUCGGCAACCAUAACUCUAGCUAGAAGUGGAUGCUUAGAUAACAGCAAAGAACUCCAUGUCCCUGUCAAGGUCUGCUUCAAGAAUUUGUGAUACAUUAACACUAAAUUUGUUCCAAUGAAGUCCUGGCUUUUGAUGAUAUGAGACUAUAACAUGAGACUAUAACUUGAGAUAUGAAACUUAAAUUCUAUUUAUUAGUUUGACAAGUUGUUUAUAUUUUGUCUUAAUGUGGGUUGAUUAUAAAAAAUAUUGGUUUACCGUGUAAAAAUGAUUAUGUGCACUCCCAGUGUAUAUAGCACCUAAAGCACAUACUGAACAUACACUAUAUUGUAAUUUACAAAAGGUUUGACAAUCAAUUUGUAUUUGAAUCUGUGACAAAUUACCCAUGUUUGAUUAAGUGCUAACCUGUUAAUCUUGUACUUGUAUGUUUACACAAUGUCAUUAAAUGUUAGAAAUC